GUACAUGCAAUGUGAAAAAUAUCAUUUCCCAGUUUUAGAGUAAUACAGUUCAGUGAAAAUGCCGAAAUAUCCAUAAAUUGUUUUUUGUGCUUUCAGAUACUUUUUUCCGUUUCCCGCCCAUCCUCAGUCAGUCCACCAUUACUUCAGAGGAUUUUUGUCCUUGACGCUAAGAACAACUGUCUGACAAACCUCAGCAAAAGUGAGCUUAAAAUGGGUUAUUUAAGACAAAUUGAUAUUGAAAACUUCAAGUCAUGGCGUGGGAAGCAGGUAAUCGGUCCUUUUAUGCGGUUUAACUGCAUAAUUGGCACCAACGGCUCUGGUAAGUCCAAUGUGAUGGACGCCCUGAGCUUCGCCAUGGGGGAGCGGGCCGCCUCCCUCCGAGUGAAGCACCUCAGAGACCUGAUACACGGAGCUCACAUCGGGCAGCCGGUGUCCACCAGCGGUAGCGUCGCCAUGCGGUACCGUGACGACGAGGACCAGGAGACGGUCUUCUGUCGGAGCAUCUCUGGUGACUCCUCUGAGUAUCGGAUCAAUGGCGUACAUGUUACUCUGGCUAAAUACAUGGAGGAGCUGGAGAAGAUCGGCAUCGUGACUAAAGCUCGAAACUGUCUGGUGUUCCAGGGGGCAGUGGAGUCUAUAGCUUUGAAGGACCCAAAGGAGAGGACAAAGAUGUUUGAGCUCAUCAGUCAGUCCAGAGAGUAUACUGCAGAAUAUGAAAAGAAGAGAGAGGCCCUGCAGAGGGCCAAAGAGGACACACAGUUUCAGUUCAACAAAAAGAAAUCUGCCACUGCUGAGAGGAAGCAGGUGUCCCAGGAAAAAAUAGAGGCCCAGCGGUACCAGACGCUGGUGGACGACCUUCACCAAAACCGCCUGCAGCUGAGCCUGACUGAGCUGUACCAUAACGAGCAGGGCAUCGGCAUCCUCAGCAACAAACUGAGUGAGAAACAGCAGGCUGCAGCUGCUCAGAACAAUAAACUGGUGAAUUCAGAGCAGACAGUCAAAACUCACAAGAAGGAACACGGACGCCUCAGCAGAGAGCAGCAGCACAUCGAGAAGGAGAUCCGUGCCCAGGAGCAUGUCCUGUCCCAGUCCCGCUCCCAGUACAUCAAAGCUAAAGUAAACACCUCCCAUCACAAGAAGAAGGCAGAGGGGGUCCGCGAUGCCCUGAAGAAGAGUCAGAAACUGAUGGCUCUUAAAGAGCAGGAGCUGGCAGAGGAUCGGCAGGAAAUCGCUGAGCUUGAGAGGACCUGGAGGAAAUACGAGAAGCAGGUCCGGAAGGAGAGCGUCUCCAGAAGGGACAUCGAGCUGGAUGAGGAUCAGCUAGAGCGAUACAAAGAGCUGAAGGAGCUCGCUAGAAAGCAGAGUGCUGUCCUCAGCCAGCAAGCAGAUAAGCUGCACUGGGAGGUGAGAGCGGACAACGAGAAGAUGGCUUUCGACCAGCGCCGAAAGAAGGAAGUGGAGGUUGGGAUCAGGAACAACCAGAAUCAGCUGGAAGAUUUAACACGCAGAGCAGAGAAGCUAGAGGAGUACACCAAGACCUGCAAGUCGUCCCUUGAGGAGUACCGUCAGCGGGAGGAGAGCCUGAGUGCGGAGCUGCAGCGGGGUCGCCAGCGCAGUGUGGAUGUGAACCAGGAGCUGGGCCAGGUGCUGGAGGAGCUGGGGAACGCCUGCCUGGACAGCCAAGAGAGCAAACGCCAACUGCAGCGCAAAGAGCUGCUAGAGAAGCUUCGCAGACUCUACCCUGAAGCUGUGUAUGGUCGUCUGUUUGACUUGUGCAGCCCCAUCCAUAAGAAGUACCAGCUGGCUGUCACCAAGGUGCUCGGCCACAACAUGAACGCCAUUGUGGUGGCCUCAGAGAAGGUGGCCCGUGACUGUAUCUCUUUCAUCAAGGAGGAGCGAGCUGAACGUGAGACCUUCCUGCCCAUUGACUACUUGGAUGUGAGCCCUCUGAACGAGCGACUGAGGGAGGUACCAGGUGCCAAGAUGGUGGUGGAUGUUGUGCAGGUUAACGCUGCCGUAGGUGGCGCCCAGCUGAGGAAGGUGGUGCAGUUUGUCUGUGGCAACGCUCUGGUGUGUGAGACCAUCAAAGAGGCGAAGAGUGUGGCCUUUGACGGGAAGGAGCGCAUUAAGACAGUAGCUCUGGACGGGACGCUGUUUUCAAAGUCAGGUACGAUCUCUGGAGGCUCCAGCGACCUGCGAACCAAAGCGCGCUGCUGGGACGACAAGGCCAUGACAAGUCUGAAGGAACGCAAGGAACAGCUGACAGCUGAGCUACGCGAUCUGAUGAAGCUGAGGCGGAAGGAGUCGGACCUGAAACAGAUCAUCGCUCAGGCUCAGGGUGCUCAGACCCGCCUCAAAUACUCUCAAACUGAGCUGGAUAACAUCCGGAAGAAAAACAUCCUCAAAUGCCAAGCGGAGAUUUCUCGUAUGGAGAGUGAAAUGGCAAAUCUGGAAUCUCAAAUCCAGAUGCAGCAGGAAAGUGUAGAGACGAAGGAUGCAGAGAUGAGGAAGAUCAGAGACCAGAUCGACCGGAUGGAGGAUUUGGUGUUUGAUGACUUCUGUGCUGAGAUCGGUGUGGACAGCAUCAGACAGUAUGAACAGGAGCACCUGAAACAUCAGGCAGAGCUCGACAAGAAGCGGCUGGAGUUUGAGAGCCAGUGCACUCGCUUGAAUGCACAACUGGAAUAUAAACACGAGCAACUGGAGCAGCAGAGGAAGAAGCUCCACAAAAUGCUGGAGACCAUUGACAAGGAGGAGAGAACGAUGGCCGAGCAGAUAAAGGAUGAGGAGACGCUGCUGGUGGCAGUGGAGGACGGUGAGAACAAACUGCUGGAGCUGAAGAACCAGCUGCUCUCCAAGAAGAACCAAGUGGCCGCUGCCAAAUCUGAGCUGGACCAGAAAACUCAGAGCCUCCAAGAAACCAACAAAGAGUUGGUGAAGUUUCAGCGGGAGGUGAUGUCUGUGGAGACAGCCUUGGAGCAGAAACGCUUGGCUAGACACAACUUGCUGCUGGCCUGCAAGAUCCAGAGCCUGCCCAUCACUCUGCUGUCAGGGAGCUUGAAUGAAAUUAGUGAGAUGCAACUUGACACAGAAUCUGAAAGCACUUCAGUCACCAUAGACAUCUACGACAGAGAGGCUCAACUCGUUAUCGACUACUCAGGCCUGAAAGCAGAGCUCAGGAAUGUGCAGUCAGAGCAGGAGGUGGAGGCCUGCAUAGAGAGACAGAAGGAGUCAGUGUCCUCCAUAGAGGGAGUGCUGCAUCGCACCACCACACCCAACCUGAAAGCUCUGGAAAAGAUGAGAGAGGUGAAGGACAAGUUACAGGGAGUGACAGAAGCCUUUGAUGCCAGUACCAGAGCAGCCAGGAAAUGCAGUCAAGAGUUUGAACAAGUCAAAGCCCAGCGCUUCCACCUCUUCAGCCAGUGCUUUGAGCAUGUGUCUGUUGUAAUUGACCAGAUCUAUAAAAGAAUAUGCAGGAACAGCAGCGCUCAGGCCAUUCUGAGUGCAGAGAAUCCAGAUGAGCCGUACUUGGGCGGCAUCAACUACAACUGUGUGGCUCCAGGGAAACGCUUCAUGUCCAUGGACAAUCUCUCUGGUGGAGAAAAGGCCAUCGCCGCCCUGGCCCUGGUGUUCGCCAUCCACAGCUUCCGCCCUGCUCCUUUCUUCAUUUUGGACGAAGUGGAUGCAGCCCUGGACAACUCUAACAUCGGCAAGGUGACCAGUUUCAUCAGGGAGGAGUCCCGAGACAACAUGCAGAUCAUUGUCAUCUCCCUGAAGGAGGAGUUCUUCUCCAAGGCCGACGCUUUGCUGGGAGUUUACUCAGAUUUUGAUGAAUGCAUGUUCAGCCGCAUUCUGACCCUUGACCUGCGUCCCUACCCUCUGGUUGACGAGGACAACGGGAAACAGACGGACAAGGAGCCCAGAGCCGCCAGAAGACAGGACUCACGUAGCCUGGAAUCACCUGCAUGAAUCCCUUGGUUCUGUUGUCUUUUUGCUGACUGGUCAUAUUGGUAGUCUUCAGCAUGUUCAGAGUUACUGCAAAACCACAUUAUAAUUGUACAAGUAGUAUUCUUUAACACCAAAUAAUGACUUCUAUGUUCAGUUUUAGUCUGUUGUGCUUUUCCUGGGGUUAAAGUUCAAACCUCAAGGUAUUAUUUUUGAUCCAUGAGUCUCUUUAUGAGCAGGUAGUGUGUUUAAAUUUACCCACAUGUGUAAAUUCUUGGUCAGUAUCGAGACUGAAGGGUGAAAAAAUGAACCCAAAAAGGUAGUUUAAAAUUUAAAUGGUUAGAUGAAAAAUACAACAUUAAAGGAGAAUUCUGUUCAUGUUUCUAAAAGUUGUGGCUCUUGUUUGUCCUCCAGGUUGUUAUUCAGAGGUGAUAACAUGUUGCUAUGUAACUAGCUUAUUUUGUAUAUUUUGUACUUUAUUAUUUUUGUAUUUACAUUAUAUUUUUAAGUGUGACUAAUGUUCUGUUCAUUAAAUCUCAAGAGUUAAAGAUGAUGUGUGUUUUAUUUGGAGCUACACUGAUUAGAUGAUUGACAGAAAAUUAAUCACCAACUACUUUGAUAAUUAAUUCAUUGUUUUUUCAUUUUUCACAUGCUCUAGUUUCAGCUUCUCCAGUGAGAGGAUUUGCUGCUUUACUUUGUCAUAUAUGAGAGUAAAUUGAGUCGUUGGAUUUUGGGAUGUUGUGUGAAAAAAUAAAUUGAAGACAUCACUGUGGGCUCUGCGAAA